AUGAAAACCAUGUUAGGUCCAUCAUCAUCGUUUACCAACACUGAAGAAACCCUUCGUUCAUCUGUUUCGUCAAUAAAUCCACAAGGAUUAGAAUUACCAACAAACACAUCAUCAAUUCCGCAACGUUUACAAUUAAAUUCAAAUAUGAACAGCGAACGAAAAUUAGAUAAGUUAGAAUACACAUCAUUACAUCAAUUACCAUCAACGACAACGUUUGAUCAAACUGAUCGUUUAAAAUUGGAAAUUGAACGAUUAACAAAAGAAUUAGAACUGAUGAAAUUACAACAAUCAAAUACAAUACGCGUAUCUCAUUCUGACACAUCGGGAGCAACCGUUCAACAACGAACAACAACACAAUUACCAUAUUCGAAUGUGAAUACGACACCUAUUCAUAUAAUAGUUAAUACCU